UGUACAUUGGCAAGCCAAGAAUCCAUCUCUUCUUCUCCAACAUUCUUAUACUCGUCCAGAUUCGGCCUUUACAGACACACCCUUUCACUGUUUCUCCUGCACCUCUGCUACUAUUUAGUGAAGUUAGCCUCUCUUCUUGUGCAGAGGGAUUCAUUCCGGGGAAGCAAUACCAAUCUCCCUUCCUUCAGCUAAAGCUCCAUGGGCCACCCAUGACAUCGAAUCUGAAGCAGGUUUGGUUUCCAGGGCCUCUAAUAGUAGGAGCUGGACCUUCAGGUAUAGCCACAGCUGCGUGCCUCAAGGAGAGAGGUGUCCCGUAUUUGAUACUGGAGAAGGAGACCUGCCUCGCGCCUUCAUGGAAGCUGAGGACCUACGAGCGCCUAAAGCUUCAUCUCCCCAAGCAAUACUGUGAGCUGCCGCUCAUGGCGUUCCCGCCGGAGUUCCCGACAUACCCCACGAAGCAGCAGUUUAUAAGCUACUUGGACGCCUACGUCGAGCGCUUCGCCGUCAAGCCAUUGUUCGACAUGGCGGUUCGGGUUGCCGAGUACGAUGCCAGCAUCAGGUUCUGGCGAGUGGAGGCCGGUGACUUGGAGUUCAUAUGCCGGUGGCUCAUUGUGGCCACAGGGGAGAAUGCAGAGGUUGUGUGGCCAGAGAUCAGGGGAAUCUCGAGGUUCCGCGGGCAGCUCUUGCACACCAGCUGUUACAUGAAGGGCGAUGGCCACAGAGGGGAGAAGGUUUUGGUGGUGGGCUCUGGCAAUUCAGGCAUGGAGGUUGCUCUGGACCUCUGUGACAAUGAUGCCAAGGUCUCCAUGGUCGUCAGGGACAAGCUGCACAUCUUGCCGAGGGAACUACUUGGGAUCUCGACUUUUGGGAUGUCAAUGGCUCUGCUCAAGUGGCUCCCUGUUAAAGCUGUAGAUGCUCUCCUCCUUUUCGGCACAAGGCUGCUACUGGGAGAUACGGAGAAGUAUGGGAUCAAGCGGCCUGCGAUCGGGCCGCUCGAGCUCAAGAGCGCCGCCGGAAAGACUCCGGUACUGGACAUCGGCACCUUUGCCAAGAUCAAAAGCGGACAGAUUAAGGUGGUCCCUGACAUAAACCAGUUCACAAGCAAAGGGGCAGAGUUCGUGGAUGGUGAACACGAGGAAUUCGAUUCCAUCAUCCUGGCAACAGGCUACAAAAGCAAUGUGACUUCUUGGCUCAAGGAGGAGGAGUUCUUCGGUGAGAAGGAUGGCUUCCCGAGGACUUCGUUUCCUAAUAGUUGGAGAGGAAAGAACGGGCUCUACGCUGCUGGUUUCACCAGGAGAGGAUUGCUGGGAGCUUCCAUGGACGCCUGUAAAAUAGCUGAGGACAUUGCCAACCUAUACGGAGCCGUAGAUAUCAGGCAUAAGCUGAACACCAUAACAUCUUGAUCAUGCUGGAUCAUUGGUUUGGAUAACGAAUUUGACUGUA